GACAAUAACAUUAUAAUGCGGAUAUUAGUGAAAAAAAUUCGACAAUUGUGUGCAAUUUCUCUAUUUCUCUUCUUGGUGCAAUUAGCAAUCAAAGUUUUUAACGCGAACAAUGUAUCCUUUAAUUUUGAGACCAUGAAACCGUACUAUUUUCUGGCCAAGAACUUAAAAUCAAACAAAAAUGAAAGUUUGAGGAUAUCCGGGAGUUUCAAAAAACAAAACAAAUUCAGCACCAUUGUAAAAGCCGAUAAUGUAUCUUCAGAAGUCAGUGAGAAAACAAAGGAUAAUACGGACUGGAAAACGCGGCAGAGAGCCAUGAUGAUACGCCACUGGGAGGGUUUCGGUCCAAGUGCUCCGAGAAAUAAGACGCGUGUUUCCUUUUCGCCACUUUAUAAGAUAUCAGAGAGGAUAACUAGUCCUCAAAAACAGUUCAGCUUUUUCAAUAAACGGAGACAAGACCAAGAGCAUGUCAACUGUAAGCUUCUUUUUGACGCCGAUGUAAAAGAAGUGGUAAGAGCAAAUCGCUUAAGUAAGUUGCAUCCACAGUCCUUUCAAAGAAACGGCUUUAUUAAUCAGACAAGAGAUUGCGCCGCUUUUGUAAGUUCCCGGAGAUACAUAAUGGAUCCAUUGACUAAAGAAGAAAGGGACUUCCCAAUUGCAUACAGCAUCGCGACUUACAAAAAUCCAAAACAGUUUGAAAUCCUUCUUAGAGCGAUCUACCGACCGCAGAAUGUGUAUUGUAUUCAUGUGGACAAGAAAACGAAUUAUACAGUGUACAAAGAGUUUGCAAGCAUUGUCCGUUGCUUUCCAAACGUAUUCCUAGCUUCGAAGAGAAUAGAGGUUUACUGGGGCUCAAUGAGUGUUUUGACGCAAGAUUUGAUUUGUAUGCAGGACCUACUAAAGUUCAAAAAGUGGAAGUACUUUAUCAAUUUAACAGGUCAGGAAUUUCCUCUGCGAACCAAUUACGAGCUUGUAAAGAUUUUAAAAAUUUAUAAUGGUGCAAAUGAUUUAGAAGGGCUUAUAAAGCGGUAAGAUUUUUUUCUUUUUAUUUGAAAAGAUAUAUUAUCAA